AAGGUCGGCAUCAUCGGGGCUGGCGUUGGGGGCCUCUAUGCCGCGAUGAUGUUGCAGUCUCUCGAUAUCGACUAUGAGGUCUUGGAGGCCUCCGACCGCGUAGGCGGCAGGCUCUACACUUACAACUUCUCGAAGAAGGAACAUGACUAUUUCGACGUAGGCGCGAUGCGCUUCCCAGAUACGCCGAUGAUGAAACGAACCUUCCAUCUCUUCAAAAAGCUCACCGAGGAGGCAAACUUGUCGCUCAUAGAUUAUAUAUUCGAGAGUCCUAACUCCACCCUGCUGUACAACGGCAAGAUCAUGAAGCGCGCGUCAUCCACCCAAGACCCGACCGCCUGGGAUGUCCGCAACAUUCCUUCUCAGUACGCACAGGAGGGUUGGUCCGCCCUCGUCAAUAACGUGGUGGAUCCCUUCGUCAAGCAGUUGGCCGAAGACAUCAAGCGCGAUGACAAGAAGGGAUGGAAGCUCAUGAUGGAGUACGACCAGUACUCGACCCGCGCGUAUAUGUCUGCUAACCGCAGCGACACUCGUCCGGAGCUCGAUGAGCUGAGGCUCAUGCCAUACCCCACGCCCGUAGUCGAUUGGUUGGAGAUGUUCGACAAGUCCAGUGGGUGGUAUGAUCACGCUCUUUCGGAGACGGUCCUGGAGACCCUGGCAUUCAACUUUCCGCCCAGCGGCGGGAACGAGGAGAAACAGGUCGAAUGGCGGUGCAUCGACGGCGGAUCACAAGUCAUCGCGGAGAAGAUGAACGGUCUACUGACCAAACCUCAUGCUGUCAAGAAGAGCCACCGAGUAACCGCCAUCGCCCUUAAAGGCUUCGACCCCGACGAGGAUGGGGGCAGCGACCAAGCGCAGGUCGAGCUGACCUUCGCCGACGGCAAAGUCGCACCGCGCUCAUACGGGCACGUCAUUAGCACCGUCCCACUGCCGUGUCUGCGCACAAUGGACCUCAGCCGCGCGUCGCUCACCGCAGAGCACGACACUGCCCUGCGCGAGCUGCGCUACGGACCCGCAAUCAAAAUCGGCGUGAAGUUCAAGACGUCCUGGUGGACUGACGCGGGCACGAUGAAGACGUACCAGAAGCCGGAGUAUCAGUACGGGGCGAUCGUCGGGGGGCAGUCAUACAGCGACCGGAUGGUGCGCACCGUCGUCUACCCCUCUUACGGCGAGGGGAAAGGCGAGAAGUCCACGGUGCUCAUGGUCAGCUACUGUUGGACGGAGGACGCCAACCGCUGGAGCGCGCUAUUCGGAGAUGCGUCUGAAGAACAGGUGAAGGACAUCGUGUUGCGGGACCUCGUGGCCGUCCACGGGUUCUUGCCGGACGAGGGUUACACGUUUCUGAAGGACCAGUGGGUGGACUCUUACAAGUAUAGCUGGGCAGUCCAUCCGGAGUCCAUGGGCGCAUACGGCAUGUUUGGUCCUGGCCAAUUCUCCUACGCAUAUACGCACUUGACACAGCCCGCUGCUGUUGGCCGGCUCCAUUUCGCAGGCGAGGCCCUGAGCACUCGACACGCCUGGGUCGUCGGUGCUCUCGACGCGUCAUGGCGCGCCGUCUACGAGAUCCUCCAGACAAGCUACCCGGACAAGGUGGUCAAGUUCAAGGAGCUGUGGGGCUCAAGCGAGGACUGGACGGAUAAGCUCGUCUAUGACCAUGUCUGUUUUUCGCUCCUCUCUCAAGGACUGAGAGAUGUCGAGCAUAAAAAGUAGCGAAUAAGUCUGUGGGGGUGUACUGUGAUGUCCAGUGUCACUUGUACGGUUAUGCAGGCAUCCUGGUCUGCCGGACUCGUUCAAUGAUGGCCUGCCCGGGCCUGUGUAUGUAAGUUACAGUAAGUACAUGUUCGAGACGCAGCCAACGCCAAGGCCUCCAAAUAUAAACAAAUAGAACGUGA